ACGGACCGGAAGUCGGCGGCGUGAGUUGGGGGGGAGCAGCGGUGGGCGAAGGAGAGGAAGAUGGCGGGUUUGUCGGUGCGGGACCCCGCGGUGGAUCGGUCUCUGCGCUCCGUGUUCGUGGGGAAUAUCCCUUACGAAGCCACAGAGGAGCAGCUAAAAGACAUCUUCUCAGAGGUUGGACCUGUUGUCAGUUUCCGAUUGGUCUACGACAGAGAGACGGGCAAGCCAAAAGGCUAUGGCUUUUGCGAGUAUCAGGACCAAGAGACGGCGCUCAGUGCCAUGCGGAAUCUCAACGGGCGUGAAUUUAGUGGGCGAGCGCUGCGUGUGGACAACGCAGCCAGUGAGAAGAACAAGGAGGAACUCAAGAGCCUGGGCACAGGGGCGCCCAUCAUAGAGUCGCCCUAUGGAGACCCCGUGAACCCUGAGGAUGCUCCUGAGUCCAUCAGCAGGGCGGUGGCCAGCCUCCCUCCCGAGCAGAUGUUUGAACUGAUGAAGCAGAUGAAGCUGUGUGUCCAGAACAGUCCUCAGGAGGCGCGGAGUAUGCUCUUGCAGAAUCCUCAACUCGCCUACGCCUUACUGCAGGCCCAAGUGGUGAUGCGUAUUGUUGAUCCAGAGAUCGCGCUGAAAAUUCUUCAUCGCCAAACCAGCGUCCCAUCUCUGAUUCCUGGAAAUGCACAGCCAGGGCCAGGGCAAGGUCCUGGUCCUGGGCCAGGAGCUGGUCCUGGUCCUGGACCUGGGCCAGGACCUGGUCCAAAUGCUCAGAUGAACCAGCCAAACGUCCCUUCUUCUCAGCCACAACCAAUCGGGGGGAUGCAUGUCAAUGGAGCUGCUCCCCUGAUGCAGCCUCCCAUGCAAGGAGGAGUGCCUGCUCCAGGCCAGAUGCCAGCUUCGGUGCCCGGACCUGGGCCUGGCCCCAUGGCUCCAGGAGGUAGCAUGCCCGGGAGCGGCCCGAUGCUCUUGGAACGCGGACAAGGGAACUUGCAGCUCUCUCCCGUGGGACCUGCCAGGCCUGCCUCUAUUGAGCGCGUUCAAGUGCCCAUGCCAGACCCACGGGCCCCUAUGCACCGGGGGCCAAUGCCAGCUAGUGGGCUACCACCCCGAGGCCUUCUGGGAGAUGCCCCCAAUGACCCACGGGGAGGCACAUUGCUCUCGGUCACUGGAGACGUGGAGCCCAGAGGUUACCUCGGUCCGCCCCACCAAGGACCACCAAUGCACCACAUGCCUGGCCACGACAGCCGUGGGCUGCCCCCCCAUGAAAUGAGAGGCGGACCAAUGGGAGAGCCACGUCCCUUGAUGGGAGAGCCACGAGGACCCUUGAUGGAUGGCCGAGGUGGAAGAGAUCCAAGGGGCAUGGAGCCCAGAGUGAUGGAUGGCAGAGGCAUGGAGCCCAGAGUGAUGGAUGGCAGAGGCAUGGAGCCCAGAGUGAUGGAUGGCAGGGGCAUGGAGCCCAGGGGCAUGGAGCCCAGAGGGAUGGAGCCCAGGGGCAUGGAGCCCAGAGUCCUGGAUGCAAGGGGCAUGGAGCCCAGAGUCCUGGAUGCAAGGGGCAUAGAACCUCGUGGGAUGGAACCCCCCAGGGGCAUGGAACCCAGAGGCAUGGAACCCAGAGGCAUGGAACCCCCUAGAGGCAUGGAGCCUAGGGGCAUGGAGCCUCCUAGAGGCAUGGAGCCCAGGGGCCCUGGAAUGGAGCCUAGGGGCCCUGGUCCAAGCCCCAGGGGUCCAAUGACUGGUGCAAUUCAAGGUCCAGGGCCUCUGAAUAUGGGAGCAGCUGGCCCACAAGGUCCUCGGCAGGUUCCUAAUAUGCCAGGAACAGCAAUGCAGGCGGGAGCCAUGGCAGGCGGAGGGGUGCAGGCUGCGGCCCAACCCGGAGGGUUCAGCCCUGGACAAAACCAAGUCACACCCCAGGACCAUGAAAAGGCAGCCCUCAUUAUGCAAGUUCUCCAGCUGACGGCGGACCAGAUAGCCAUGCUGCCUCCAGAACAAAGGCAGAGCAUUCUCAUUCUGAAAGAGCAGAUACAGAAAUCCACUGGCGCCCCGUGAUCCACAUUCCUUGGGCUUAGAAAACCUUUGAUGAAGUUCAGCCCCUGGCUGGAAAUAACACUGAAGGCAGCUUGCGGACCUUUUCCUUGUCUGCGUCAAAGCAGCAAGGAGGGGGGAGUUUCUUGUUCCCACCCCCAUUGUUUUCAUUCUUGUGUCUCAAAUAAAACUUUGUUCUGCAA